AUCGAAAUAAAGGUCAAUAUUCGAUGGUUCUUGCAAUAGUUCAUAACAAAUAUUAUUUCUCGGUUAGUAUGAAUAAAAGAUUAGAUAGGAUGAACAAAACAAACAUUUAUGAUAUUUGAGGGGCGAUGACUGUUGUUUUGAUAGAAUAAAAUUUUCUAAAAUGAGGUAAAGAACAUAUAAGUGAUACACAUUGUUAAGUUUUUAAUAUUCUGGUGGAUUAUUUUACAUUAUAACUAUACAUUUUAUGUAAAAUGUUAUUUGAUGAUAUAAAUAAGUGCUUGGACUCGCAACCUAAUUUAACUUAUGAUGAGGCCUGCUUGGACAUCCAGAAUACGCUAAACGUAGUAGUUCAAAUCUUGUAUCAGUAUGAUGAAUGCUAUAAGUGUGAUCCCCAAACUUUGACGACUUUGGAGCCAUAUAAAAAUACGUCUGUUCCCACUAAGACCAGUUCUCCUAUACAAAUAAUACGAAUUGAUUCUACAAAUAUAACGUGUCGUUACCACCAACUUCUUUAUGAACAUUAUCGUUAUGGGUUAAAUAUUACUAACAAGUGCUCUGAAAUUUAUAUUAAAGAGCCAGCUGAUGAUGCCUACUUACCUAUACUUAUGGCCUUUGUUAUAUUAUUUUCUUUUGGAACAUUUUGGUAUAUGGUCAAAUGUAUUUACAAAAAUAGUGGAAGAGUUAGACAAAUAUUAACUUGGAAUACGGAAAUGGAAGAAUAUCAAUUUUUGAAUGUUCAGGAUUUGAUUGGUUCAUCAGCGGGAACUCCAAUUAUUUUCGAGAGGCCACCAACAGCUUUAGCAAAACAUCCCAAUCGUUUGAAGUCCAUAGAUACUUUUAGAGGUUUAUGUAUUGCAGUUAUGAUAUUUGUUAACUAUGGGGGAGGUAAAUACUCGUUUUUCAGACAUUCUAUUUGGAAUGGAUUAACAAUUGCUGACCUGGUAUUCCCCUGGUUUAUAUGGUUAAUGGGAUUUUCUAUGACAAUGUCGAUGCAACAUAAAUUGAGAGCUCUGGUACCUAGAAGACUUAUGGUUUUUCAAGUUAUUAGAAGAUCGUUGAUUUUCAUCCUUCUUGGAGUUUUGCUCAAUUCUAACAAAAAUAUGUCAACAAUUGCAGCACUAAGAUUUCCAGGUGUACUUCAAAGGAUUGGUUUAGUAUAUUUACUGAUUGGUAUAUUGGAAAUAGUGUUCAUUAAAAGAUCUCAAACAGAAACUUUAUCUUGGGCGUCAGACCUUACUUCAAGCUGGAUACAGUGGACAGUAGUUUCGUGUUUGAUAUUAAUCCAUACCUGUAUAACUUUCCUCGCUGAAGUCCCUAACUGCGGCAAAGGCUAUUUAGGACCAGGAGGUUUAGAAGAUGGAGGACAUCAUUACAACUGUACAGGAGGUGUGGCAGGAUACAUAGAUCGAUCAGUAUUUGGUAACCAUAUGUACAAAAAUUUUGAAACGCAGAGAGUUUAUGAAAAUAUACUUCGUUUUGAUCCCGAAGGUAUUCUUAGCACUUUUACUUCAAUACUCACAGCCUAUUUCGGAGUUCAGGCUGGAAAGAUCUUGAUUAUUUAUGAAGGCGUCAGAGGAAAACUUAUCAGAUGGUUCAUUUGGGGUUUUAUAUUUGCACUUCUGGGUGGAAUUCUAUGUAGUUUUUCAAUAAAUGAAGGCUCAAUUCCCCUUAACAAAAAGCUUUGGUCUCUUUCUUAUACAUUUGUGACGGCCGGAAUGGCUUUCAUUAUUGAAGCUGGUCUAUAUUUGUUUGUGGACGUCUUGAAGAAAUGGGGAGGUAGACCAUUAUUCUAUCCGGGAAUGAAUGCUAUCAUUCUGUAUGUAGGACACGAAUUGUUCAAGAACACCUUUCCAUUCGGAUGGAUACCAACUUAUCCGACGCACUCAACGUAUCUAUUCAUGAACCUUUGGGGUACAUUCUUAUGGAUAUCAAUCUCAAUUUGGAUGUACAAACAUAACAUAUUUUUCAAAAUAUAAAAAAAUGUGAUAUUAUUAUUGUAUAAGUACUGUUUGUUUAUAGUUAGUUAAUGACGAUUAAUUUUAAUCUUAUCCAAAAAUAUAUUUGACUGACCUAAAUUGCAAAAGUUAUUUCUAUGUUUAAUUUUUGAUAGGUAGUGGGAAAUGGUUCAAUAUAAAUCUUGGGGGCUGUAAUUAUCUGAGAUUAAAAAAACAUAAGUAAAACUUGAAAUAAAAAUCAUCAAUCAAUCAUACAACAAGAUAAGAAAGAAAACUCUAAAUAUGCACUUGCCUUUACAAUCUACUACUUUUAUUUAGUAUCUUCUGUUUAGCUUGAUCCAAACAUUAUUCAAAUUUGGAUAACAACUAUUUGAAACAAGAAGAGAAAAUACGUAUAAUAUAUUGAUAUAAAAUGACAUGAAAUAAAUAAAUUAUUUCACUGAGAGCUUUGGGAAAGGCUAAAAACUACGAGACUGUAUUGUUGAUAUAUAAUGCCAUUUAAAAAAUAUUGAUACUAACCAAUGUAAAGUUAUAGCAAAGAAGUCAAAAUAUAUUAUACCUUUGUACAAUAGGUAUAUAUAGGAAAAUUUAUUUGUUAAAUGUACGUGCCGUUUAUUUCAAACUACAUAAUGUACUAACUCUCUUUAGUUACUAAUCUAAUAAAUAAUUGUAUCGUU